AUGGAAAUUACCAGAGUCAGUCAAUCGAGAAGCAAUCUCUCUUCGACAACUUAUGAGAACUGGGAAAAACACAUCCGAUCGAUUUUGGCAGCAAUUAAGCUCGAUAGUCCAUCUAUUUUGGAAGCAGCUCGAGAUGUCGAACUUUGUUUAGCUGAUAGUUUAGAAGCUCUGGGAUGUCACGGUCUCAUCAAUUGCUCCGAGGGACUCAUCCGAUUGCUGGAUGCGAUAUGUCUCGAGGUGUCAAACCAUCAGAAAAAGCUGAAACAGGUCGCAAAACAACUUCGCAAUCUGAAGAUUAGUAAAAGCGAGUUCGAAGCAUCCAGUGCUGCAAGUCAUCAUCGUCACGUGAAUUUGCACUUAUCACAGGUGUAUCUCCGAAUAAGCAACAAUAACAGAAUCAAGAAUUUCCUCAUCGAAUCUCUCAUUAAUCCGAACUUAAGCAGCUUAUUGCGCAUUGUUUGUCGAAGAGUAAUUUGUGAUCAAACGCUGAUCAAAUUGUACAAAGUGCUGAUGAACUCGGCUCCAUCCGAUUAUGCUAUUUCGGAAACGGAUCCGAUAGUAGCUGAUGUGAUAGCAACAUUCAACAUGGCAUAUCAUAGGCUUUUAAGCUUAAGCUCAGUGAAUCAUCAUCAGUUCAAUGAAUGUCCAAAUAGCAACAAAUACAUUAGUGAAACGAGUCACGAAGAGGAUUUAGCACAAUAUCGCUUGCUUCUAUCGACUUCAGACACUGACACCGAAACAGAUCCUUCGUGCACUGACUUAGCCUCGUCCAACUCACAAAUUGCUAUUGCAUCAUCUUUUGGAAAAGGUAUUCAACGAAACAAUCGGAAAAGAAGUGGUCGAAUAAAGAAAGGUAAAUUCCGUUUGUUCCUGAAUUUUCCUGAAAGCCAGCUGCAGCUGCAACAAUCGCUGUAUUGCGCGCAGCGGAAUGCGAUCUGCAAGAAGUAUGAAUAG